AGAUAAACUUCAAACAACAACAACAAAGAUGGCAGCCCCCAUCGAAAAUGAAAAUGUUUCCACCAAAAGUCACCGUUUUAAAGCUAUUUUAGCCGAGAAAGAGCUAAAACCUAAUGAUCAUCCUUUACAUCUCUUUAUCUCUAGAAACUCUGCGACAUUGCUCGGAGUGCCAGACGAUGACAAGCAAAUAUAUUUGUCCCUUUGGACAAACACCAAAGUUUCACAAGAAAAACUACUGACACACCCACCUGGGAAAGGCCCAGGUUGCAUUUUUCAGAGAAUGCUAUCCAAUAGUCAGAAUUUCCCAGAAAUUCUUCAACCAGAGACCGAUGACAGUGAUGUAGAUGCAAUGGAAGAUGUAACAACUGGCUUAGACGUAGAGGUGUUUGUUACCGUCCAUGUCAAAAAUGAGGAUGCUGAAGAAUAUGUUGAUUUUGUUACGUUAACUUGCAGUCAGCAAUUUAUGACUCAUUACAACAUACAAACAGCAACCAUCUUUAUUCGUCCUGUUAAGUUAUAUCCUGUCAGUAAUGUUGUUCUUGGUGUAAGUAGUCAUGAAACCUUUCAAUGGCUUACAAACAAAAAAUUUUGCACUCGGUUAUUGAGUGAGGUUCAGUCAAAUCCUGUUCUUAUACGGACUAAAGAUGUCUUCCUUUCACCAUAUGGGAACUUCCUUGAAGAUCCAGAUUUCAAAAGAACAUUUUAUUUUGAUAUAUUCGUCCUUGAGUGCUCUCCUGUUCAGCAAGGUUUGAUUACAGCAAGGACAGAAUUUGUUUUGACCUACCUUGGAGAUUUAGAAGCAGAACGUGAACAUUUUAAAGCCAAAAUGGAAUCUCUUGUAACCAAUCCAAGACAGGGUGACAGGACAAUUUCUGGACCAUUUAAGGACAUUUUUAUAUCAGACUUCAGUUACGCCAUGAAUCAAAAUUAUCUGAGUCCUGAGAUAGAUGAAACAGAUUCAAUGCCAAACUUCAAAAAAACAGCAGCAUCCAUGAAAAAUAGAAGAAAAAAAACUAGAAGUGAGACAGUUGGACAUUUUGAAUAUGAAGUUGUUCCACAACAACCUCUUUUCAGAAGGAUGUUGUGGAGGGAAGAGAAAGUACAAAAUUUUGAUCCUUUGUAUUAUGUUGGCAUGUCACGAAAGCAAAUGUUGAAGGAGGGGUUAUUCGACAGUAGUUAUGUUUUGAUAUCACCUGAGUAUCCAAAUGAAGACUGCGAUGAGGACAAGGCAUGCACUCGCACAGAGAGACUAUGUAUGGUGAGAUGUCUGGGUAAAGAAUAUGACAAAUCAAAAAGACUCUUUAUCUCACCUCUGUGUUUGUUCAACAUGCAGAAUAAGCCGCCAAUAGAACUGCCAUUUUCCUUGAUAAUGAAGCGUUAUGAUUUGGCUGACCCAGAACAGAAGAGUGGUUCUACACAGAGCUCUUGGAAUGUGAUCCUACCUACAGCUAGAGAAUUACAGAUUUCAAUAAUUCCAUCACCAAACUACAGUCCACGUGCUCCCCAUGAUGAGGCCCUGAAACAGUAUUUUUCAUGUCGCAGGGUUGUUGCAGUUGGUGAUGUUCUGGCCAUUCGCAGCUCUGAUGAUCCAAACUUCUGGCAGAACACAGGAGAUGAUACCGAGAACAGAUUUCCAUGUAUAUACUUCAAAGUUGUGAAUAUCAAGGGCUCUAAAACAACUCACAAAAAUGUUAUUGUGGACAGAGAUAAUACCACACUGAUCCAGAUAGGAUCAGAGCACAGCUAUAUACCUGUAAUGAUGCAGACAUACCUGAGUCCCCUCCCUCAGAGUUUCUGGGACAAGGAUAAUCUACCAGGACUGUCACGGUAUAUCGAUGAAUUGGAGAACUGCAUACUACCCCACCUUACAUCCAAAAUAGGAUGCAAGUCCUUGAAAUCUGUGCCCCCAGCUGUUCUUGUUGCUGGACCAGUUGGAAGUGGAAAAACUACUCUUAUUGUUUCUGUUGCUAGGAAACUGGGUAUACAUGCAUUCAAGGUGAAUUGUCAUGCUUUGUUUGGUGAGUCGUCUGGUACGACAGAGGCUAAGAUGAAAAACGCAUUCAAUGCAGCUGGGCUUUAUUCACCGUGCAUUUUGUUGUUACAAAGCAUCCAUGCCCUGGGUAGGGACAGGGACGGCAAUACUGAAGACCCACGUGUUGCAAGCAGUUUUCUCAGCAAUGUCAUGCAGUUAAAGAAUGAUCUACAGCAGUACCCAAUGAUUGUCGUGGCAACCACACACUCCAACAAAGAUCUCACACAUGACAUGCUCGAGUGUUUCCUACACCAAGUCCAGAUCGAGGUUCCAAAUGAGCACGAGAGAGGGGAAAUUGUUGAUUCCCUGCUGCAGACCAUCAACUACAGUGGAAAUAUUUCUAUAUCAUAUAUAGCUCAGAGAACAGCUGUUUUGGUGCUGUGGACGAAACGUUGGUGGAUCCCUUGGAGGUUGCGUGUUCAAAUCUCAGUGAGGUAUAAGACUGCACAUCCUGAUAGAACAGCAGAACUGAUUUUCCCUGGAAGCCUGCCUAAAGUUUAUUCAAAUAAACAGUACCCAGAACUCCUUGCUGCCGGUCUGCGACGCUCAGGUGUGUUACUGUAUGGCCCACCAGGUACAGGGAAAACUCUCCUAGCAAAAGCCGUUGCUACUGAAUGUUCUCUUAACUUCCUUAGUGUGAAGGGACCAGAACUGAUCAAUAUGUAUGUGGGUCAGAGUGAACAAAAUGUUAGAGAGAUAUUCCAGAGAGCCAGAAGUGCUACUCCAUGUGUGAUAUUUUUUGAUGAGUUAGAUUCUCUGGCACCUAACAGGGGUAAAAGUGGCGACUCUGGAGGUGUGAUGGACAGGGUAGUGUCUCAGUUGUUGGCGGAGUUGGAUGGCCUUAACAAAGCAUGUGAUGUGUUUGUUAUAGGAGCCACAAACAGACCAGAUCUUCUAGAUCCAGCUCUACUUAGACCUGGAAGGUUUGACAAGAUGUUGUACCUUGGUGUAAGUGAAGACAACCUAUCACAAUACAAGAUAUUGUUGGCACUGACCAGAAAGUUCACCUUGGCAGAUAGUUUAGACUUGGAAACAUUUGUCGAGAAAUGUCCGUUCACAUUGACAGGUGCUGAUUUCUAUGCCCUAGCUUCAGAUGCCAUGCUUAAUGCAUUGAAGAGGAAAAUCAAACAGCUAGAAUCUGGCAAAACUGUGGAGCAGACAAUUGUUGUGGAUAUAAAUGACUUCACUGCAGCCUUAGACAAUUUAUCACCAUCAGUCACCGAGGAGGAACUGCUGAGAUAUAAAAUUAUUCGGGAUCAAUUUAAUGUUAAGGACAGCUCUAACACUUUGCCAGAUUUAGCUUAGUAAACGUAAUAGACAUUUUCAGAGAUUGUGUUUUAAGAUCAAGGCUCAUGGUUCAAAAUAACAUCAUCUCAUUGGUUGUAGUGCAAUUUUGAUAUUGACCAAUGGCAAGGCUGCUUUUUGAGACUGGUUUCCAACCUGCAUUUUGUAGUACUAGAGCCAAAGUAAUCUACUUUGGAUUAGAUGUGGCUUGUUGCUAUGUUGUACAACUGUUUCUGGUACAUACAGUAAUAGUGAACAGAUAUUCAGAAAUGUCUGUCAAAACUUAAAUCUUGUCUCUUAGUAGAGAACAGAUGCUUUGAGUAUGUAUUGCAUUGAUUUUGUUAUACAGUAGUGGAGAGUUUAGCUCUUAAAACCUCUUAUUGGGAGAAACUUUGCUAUUUCAAAACUUGGCAAUUCAAACUUUGCAUUAAGAACAUUCACAAAGCUUUGAUUUAAUUUAUAAUACCAUUAUGUCAUUAGUGCUGUACAUCUUGAAGGCAUAGUAAACAUGAGAAUAAACACACAUAUAAGCCAUGCCAUGAGAAAACCAACAUAGUGGGUUUGUGACCAGCAUGGAUCCAGAACAGCCUGCGCAUCUGCGCAGUCUGGUCAGGAUCCACGCUGUUCGCUAACAGUUUCUCCAAUUCCAAUAGGCUUUGAAAGCGAACAGCAUGGAUCCUGACCAGACUGCGCGGAUGCGCAGGCUGGUCUGGAUCCAUGCUGGUCGCAAAGCCACUAUGUUGGUUUUCCCAUGACACGGCUCAUGUGAUGAAAUAUAGUAAGAAUAGGAACAGGCAUUAUAUACUUUCCCAGUUAUACUACAGCAGAAGUAGGCAGCAGAGUGCUAUCAGUAUUUGAUUGUUAUGAAAAAUUAAAGAUUGUUUAUAGAUGUAGUUCAUGCAUUUAUAUCUGAUCGUGAAACAAACUUGAAUUGGUAUGAUAAAACUCGAGCCUUACAGCAUAUGCAUAAAAUGCCAAUCUGUUGUGUUUAGCAUGUUAAAGUAUUUUGACAUUUUUAUAAGCCCAAAGGGACGUAUUCUGUUAUGACACCCAUGACCACCUGUCCAUCAGUCCGUCCAUUAGCAAUUUUGUGUCUGCUCUGUAACUCUUGAACCGCUUAAAGGAUUUCGAAGAAUCUUGACACAAAUGUUCACCACAUUGAGAUGACAUGCAGAGCGCAUGUUCUUGAUGGCUUGCUUCAAGGUCAAGGUCACACUUAGGGGUCAAAGCUCAUAUGACUUUGUUUCGUGUCUAGUUUGUAACUAUUGAACUGCUUGAAGGAUUUUACAGAAACUUGGCACAAAUGUUCACCACAUCGAGACGACAUGCAAAGUGUUUUAUGAAAAUUCCUAAUGCCAAGGAUGUAGAUAAUUACAUCCUUGAUAAUGCUGUUUCACACAAAAUAAUGUAGUUACGUACCAGUGAAAAAUAUUUUUUUCACACGGAAAUAACCAGAAAUAUUUCAGUGUUAUAUUUCAGCAAUCAGCUGCAUAAUAUAAAAGUACAAGAAACAAUUAUGAUUAAUUUAAUAACUAUUGUAAUUAUGCCUCCCUUCAAAGAAGGAGGGGUAUAUUGUUUUACUGAUGUUUGUCGGUCUGUUUGACAGUCUGCCAGUCCAUAGACCAAUCAGUUUCCGGAUGAUAACUCAAGAACGCUUAGGCCUAGGAUCAUAAAAAUUGAUAGGGAGGUUGGUCAUGAUCAGCGGAUGACCCCUAUUGAUCUUGAGAUCAGUAGGGCAAAGGUCAAGGUCACAGUGACCUGGAACAGUUAAACAGUUUCCGGACGAGAACUUGAGAAAGCUUGGGCCUAGGAUCACGAAACUUGAUAGGAGGUUGAUCAUGACCAGCAGAUGACCCGUAUCGAUCUUGAGAUCAGUAGGUCAAGGUCACAGUGACAAUAAAACAAGUUCCAGACAAUUACUUAUUUGGCUACUAGGAUUUUCUAAUUUGAUAGGCAUGUUUGUCAUGACCAGUAGAUACGAGCCCUAUUGAUUUUGAGGUCAGGAGAUCAAAGGUCAAGGUCACAUUGACCCAGAACAGUAUAACUUUUUUUGCCAAAUAACUAGAGAAUGCGUUGGUCUAAGAUCACAUUUGAUAUGGAGGUCACUUAUGACUGGUAAAUGACCCAUAAUUAUUUAUUUGAGGUCAGUAUGUCAAAUGUCCAGUGCACAGUGACCAAACGAUUUCUGCUCCUUGUGAAGUUACUGAAUGCAUCAAGAGGGCAUUUCGUGUUCCAUGAGCUCUUGUUUUUUAUAGAAUUUUUUCCCAUACUUUUGUUACUAUUUAUUCAAUAAACAGAGUUAUGUUUCAAAUUUUGUUGUGCUCUUAAUUGAUGCCAUAAAUGGUUGACUUUUCUUUAAUUAUAUAAAACCGAUGAGUUUACAAUAUUAAAUAAAUAAUGAAUAGUU